UUUUUUUUUAUUUAUUUAAGGUCACGGUGGCCUUAGCCAAGAAGAGAUUAUCAUCCAACAACCGUCGAAGUCAGAUCCGUUCAUGGUGAUCUUAGAGAUCAUCAGCCAACCACCGUCAAAGCCAAAUUCGGUGACUUCUCCUUAUCAAAGUAACAAAAAACGAUUUCUCCACGAAUCCUUCCAGCCUCAAUCGUCGAAGCAAAAUCCGCCAUUAGAUCAGGCUCCUGUUUCUUCGCCCACAUCCAAUCAGGCUCCCGUUUCUUCACCCACAUCAAAUCAAGCUCUAGAUUUUAGGUGGUGGUGGUCGUGAUGAUGGUUCCGGUCGAGGCUCCCUCCAUGCGUAGGCGGAGCCUUGUCUUGCUUGAUGUUUUUCCACUUUUAUUCAUCGAAGAGAGUUAAAUGACCUCAUGCCGGGCAGAAGGCAAUCAUCAUCCGAUUGCCAUGGUCACUAAUACUUUUGAUAGAAUCGUCUCUCCCAAAUGAGGGCAUUUUUGAAUAUAAAGGAUAAGUUGGAAAAUUUUCAAACAUUUAAGGUACAUUUCGUCAAUUUGCUAAUUAGUUUAAGAAAUUUACUAUAAAAAAUUUCGGUAAAAUACACUGCACUCCAUGACAGAAAUCUGAAAUUACAGUCCCUCGUAAUCUGUUUCUAUAAAACGCAUCCUAUCCGUAAAUUUGACAUUUUAAAGAUGGUCUAAACGGUCAUUUUCAUUACGUGGUGGUGUAUUGGUUCACACUUCACAGUCUGUUUAGCGAAAGCGUUCAGCUAAUCCCAUCUCGUCGCGCGAUGCAAGAAGCAAGCUGACCUUUUUUUAUUCAAUGAAAUUCGUGGGCUAAAAUGCGCCAUAUUUAUAGGCAUUGGAUGCUUCGGAGUCGUUGUUGGAAUUCGAGCAAAGCCAUACAGUGAGUGGGGUGAGGAGCAAAUCCAAAUUCGAGGGAUGAUGGAUUUAGGCUUCUGCUGCUGUUCAUGCCAGAAACGCACUUGAGUGUCUGUUGAUGCUUUUUCCCCCUUCUGGGUGAGAUCUCUCUCUUGGCGUUUUGCAAACCCUAGUUUCUCUUCUGGGCAGAGAGAUGUUCAAUCGUCUUUGACUGUUCCCGUGUCAGGAACAGUGUUUUCCUUUUUAUUAGUUUUUAUAUUCCUCUGCGCCUGAGAAUAUCAGUAAAAACUAGGUGAAACAGACGAUCCAUCAUGGACUGUCUCCUUUUUUUUAAUCCCAACUAUGUUUGCCAGCAAGCCUUCAUACUAGGAACUCAGGAAUCUUCUCUUUUGUACUACUCUCUUGCUGCUUCUUUUCGUUUUUCUUUCGGUUUCCUCUUUCAGGUAGAAAUGGGAAUGCAAAUCGUGUAAGAUUGUAGAAGAAUUUUAUGGGCUUCCACUUUAUCUGAAAUUCGAUCUGGACUUUAGGUUUUUCUACCCUGCUUUUUCUAUUGUGUAUGAUCUGAAGUUGGAGAGUAAACACUCUUCUCCACUGGUUCCUGCACCAGAGAGAUGGGUUGUGCUGCAUCGAGUAUUGACAACGAAAGGGUGCAAAGAUGCAAGGAGAGAAGAAGGUUGAUGAAGCAAUUAGUGGGGUUACGUGGGCAAUUCGCUGCUGCCCAGAUGGCUUAUUUGCAAUCUUUGAAGAAUACAGGGAUAACACUUCGACAAUUCACCGAAUCCGAGUUUCUGGAGCUCGAAAAUCCUCCCUUUCCAGUGGCAUUGCCUCCAUCACCCCCUCUUCCCUUGCCUCCAUCACCUCCACCUCCUCCCCCCUAUAGUCCCGACGAAGGGAAGGCCAAAGAUAAGCGGAGAGAGGAACUUGUCCAAGAAGAAUGUAUAGAAUUUGACGAAGAUAGCAGCUGUAUAACCCCGCCGCCGCCGCCUCCGGUUCUGAGAUCGUCUUGGGAUUUAUGGGACCCAUUUGAUCCUUCUUCUUCUUCUCCUCCACUCCGGCAGAAAAAGAAAGAACAGGUCCAGCAGGCUGAGGAGGAAGUGUGGGCAGAGACUAAUACAGAAUUUGAAGAAGAAUUGGGAGAGGAAGUUGUUGCUAAUGCCGUUUUGAACUCACUCCCAGAGAAGACCAUGUCGGUUGAACUGGCAGACGAUAAUUCUUCGACGAUGAGCGGGUAUACUAAAGACACGGCAGAUAUGCACAUGAUGAUAUCAAGGAACAAGAAGACAUUGGCUAGAAUUGUCAAGGAGCUGGAUGAUUAUUUUCUCAAAGCUUCGGCUUCUGGAAAGGAAAUAGCCGUUCUUCUGGAUACCAACAAAGGCGAUCUUCUUCGCCAUAACUUCGGAGAAAAUAACAGGAAGAGUUUCAAAUCUGCAAAGGUCUUCAGUGCUUUGUCUUGGAGUUGGUCUUCUAAAUCACUUCAUUCCAGUAGGGAAUCUAUUGAAAAUCCUGGUUCCAGUGAACCUUGCAACCCUGGUGGCCUUUGCAUCACACUGGACAAAUUAUAUGAAAAAGAGCAUAGGCUUUAUGAAGAAGUCAAGGAGGAUGAGAUGUCUAAAUUGGAGUAUGAGAGGAAAAUCUUGCUACUGUCAAAACAAGAAUCUGAGAAUCAAGAUUCUAUGAAGAUUGAGAGGACCCGAUCAAGUAUUGAAAGUUUGCAGUCCAGCAUCUUGUGUUUGUCACAAUCAAUAAGUAGGACUUGCUCAUCUAUAUUGCAACUCAGAGAUGAAGAGUUGCAUCUUCAGCUGGUUGACUUAUCUGCAGGGCUUAUGCACAUGUGGAGAACAAUGUGCGAAUGUCAUCAAGUUCAGAACCAUAUUGCUCAGCAGGUGAACCAUCUUACAGAUCAUUCAAGCAUGGAGCCCACCACCGAAUACCAUCGCCAAGCCACAGCCCAGCUUGAAACAGAGGUUAUUGCCUGGUAUAACAACUUCUGCAACCUCCUUAAAUCCCAGCAAGAUUAUAUAAGAGCACUUCAUGGUUGGGCCCAGCUCACCAACGAUCUUGUUGAUGACCAACAGCAGAAUGACCACUCAUUUGGUAUUCAAACCCUCUGUGAAGAAUGGCAGCUUGCCCUUGACAGGUUGCCUGAUAAGGUAGCCUCUGAGGCCAUUAAGAGCCUUGUGUCAGUCAUCCACUCCAUAGUCUUGCAGCAGGGUGAAGAAAGCAACUUGCAGAAAAAGUCUGACAGGCUUGAAAGAAGGUUCCAGAAGGUAUUGAACUCAAUGAAUGAAAUGGAGAAGAAGCUUGAGAGAAAUCCAACUGGUGAUUCAAUUUCUAGCUUGAGUCCUAAGCAUCCUUUAUCAGUCAAGCGUGCCAAAGCUGAGGCAUUCAAGAAAAAGGUAGAAGAAGAAAAGUCUAAACACCUUGAUGCAGUUCAGGCCAGUCGGGUCAUUACUCUGAAUAACCUACAAACAAGCCUCCUGAAUGUCUUCCAGGCAUUAACGGAAUUCUCAAGUGCGUGUGCUCAAGUAUUUGAGGCUGUCCACUGCUGUGCCAUAUCAACAGCUUGUCAUGAUGGCGUAUUGCAGUCACGAAGCUGAUGAACUGGGUUUUGAGUAUAUUCUUAAUGCUUCGUAAGAGCUUUCCAGAUCCCAAAAUAAGUGAUCCAAGCUGGAUGUACAGUUUAGGCUCCAGGGUUCUAUAGGCACCGUUUGGAAAUUCAAUAGAAUGUCUGGGUUAUGGCGGAAGCUAAUAUAGCUUGGAGGUUGAUGUGGAAACAAGCUACAAUCAGUUGAGAUGUUGGUCAAUUGAAAACGCCAAUGCGAAUGACAGCAGAAGUGGUUAUUUUGGAGGAGAGAAAUGUAAAAUUGAUUAAAGUUUUCUUUUUUUGUUAUUUUUUUUUGGUUUCACAACAAUUGCAGUGGCUGAAAUGUGGACCGCCCUUGAAGCCUAUAAAUUAGUGUUGCAAUCUCAAAGUGAACCCAUCAUCAUCACCAUCAUCGAAGGGGAUUCCGUGCUCGUGAUCAACAUCCUCCAAAGUCCCAAGGUGUCUCGAAGAUCCCAUGGAAGUGUCUUGGGAUUGCCGAGGAGUGUCAGCUUCUAGCCCAGAGGACCUCAGCUAAGAUGUCCUAUUCCCACACCCACAUACAAGUUUGCAGCAGACUGGUUGGCCUGCAAAGGAGAGGUUCGUCCUAUUUCUCAGGCUCUCAGUUAGGAGUUCUCCCUCCUCUGGGAGUUCAGUUUUAUUGCUUUUCUUGAUGCAGGGGGCCGUGCCCUUCCCCCGCUGGUUUUAGUUUUUGUUGUGUUCGUCUUGUAAUUCCCUGUAUUAUCAAAAAAAAUCAAUUAAAGUUUGGUAAUUGGCAGAAUUGAAUUUGAAGCAAUGUUUUCAAUCAUCA